ACUUAUAAUUUGGUUGUUUGGGAUGCCAAAAAGCCAUAGGAGUAGGCCAAAAUUUUGGUCCCAAUCCCCUGAGCGCUUUUUCUCUCAAAAUCCACACUGAAGCUCAGAAGAGUCAGCCACAGAGCUUACGAUUCGCCACCGCGGAGCGCAGCCCGCCGAGCCCAACCGGGUAAUCAAGCUCCAACGUAGCCCGACGGUAUUUCUUGGCAAUCAUAGUGUAGCAUGAAAAAGCUACUGGAAUUUGGAAGAAAGGCCAUGUUCUAUGUGAGGGUUCUUUCUGGAUAUGAAGAGCGGAGAAUCCGAUCGUUUAGAUUGCAGCUUGAGAAGCGUAUCCAACAGGCGCAAGAAAGGAAGGCAGCUUUGAGAAAGAUCCCUGAGCAGGCUAUUUUAGCAGAGGUUCGCCGUAUGGUUGAGGAGAUGCAAACUUUAAACAGGAAGCUAGAUGAAACUGAGGCUGCCAUCGAAGAGUACUUUAAACCAAUUGAUAAAGAGGCUGAGGCUAUAAUGAAAAUGCAGCUUGAAGGGGAGGAGAAGACAAUGAGGGAAAUGAUGAAAGCUAUGCAGCAACAAGCUUUGCUUGAGAAAACUGAAUCCAAUAAAACCGCGAAAGUUCAUGAUAUAGACACAGACCAAAACCAGGAUCCAUCAUCCUCCACUGCUGCACAUCAAGCUCAAAUGCGAUGAUUUUAAGAGAUGUUAUCAACCAUAGAUUUAGGAUUAAAUUUGUAAGAGUGCGUAUCAGUUUUGGUUGUUUCUGCUGUGACUUUGAUAGAGGCACUACUUUUAAUAACCAAGUUAGUUCUUGGUCAAAAUCUGUUGAAUCAUCAUUUUUUUUGUUUGUACAAUUGAGAUAGCGGUAUUGUCAUUAAAAAAAAAAAAAAAAAAAAAGCACGUGCACAUGGAUGGUAUUACUGAGUAGUAUUGGAACUUGGAUGUUAUGACAGGAGUGGCAUACUCGAAGCAUAAUAUUAGGAAUGAUGAAUUCCAGCAAAGAAUAACUUGUAUGGCAAUGUUGAUAAUAACAAUUUUUGGGCAUCAUAAUUUCUCCAUCA